AUCCCGGAUGGGUACCUUGCAUCUCGUUGCAUCUCUUACCGGAUUGGGCGCUGUUGGCAACUAGCUCGGACGUACUUUGGUCGUUUAAGGUACCUGACGCUAUCUUCGGCCCCUGACGAUUACCCUCCUCCCAUUCGGCGCAGAGAUGGCGAUCCACAAACUGCUGCCAAGGUCCCCUGGUCUAUGCCCCAGGUCGUAUUCUUGUCCUCCUCGUCGAUGUGUGCUCGAUCACUCUGUUUGUACCCUCCUCUGAGUCCUCUCAUACGUUUACAGCGCCUUCUCUCUCUCACUCUCUACCUCUCAUUUCCCACUGACCCUGCACUCUCUCUUGCUGCAGCUUGCCUUUCCUUUGGACCCAUUCCCGUCGCUGCGGUAUUCUUUCCUUGUCUUCCUUCGUCUCCUCUAUUCGACAGGAUUUCUCGUCAGUGUUUCUCGAUCGCUGGUCGUCUAAACCUCACGCCUUCGAUCUUUUAUACGGAGCAGGGCUACACCUUUAGGCAAAGCAUUCGGGGCGUGUAUCGGUGGUUUGCUUGGUUUUACAUCCUGCGACACCACGCCUGUCAAGGAGAACGAUCGACCGUUCCCACCUUUCGUCCACUCUGUCAAUCUCAAUCGAAGACGGAAACAUCUCCUUUUCUGAAAAACAACUACCGAGUUUUGUUUCUGUAGAUCAUCUUGUCCUACGUGGGCCGGCCCUGUUGCUUCGAGAGUCAGGUUUGCUCAGUUGCAAACAACUCCCAGACAACUAUCAGAUACUCUCGACGGCAACUUUUUUUCGGCCUCGGAUUGCUCUAGCAGCCAUUCAUCAAACAAAUCCUACGGACCGCUGUCUGGUUUUACUAGCGUUGCUUACUGUCUUCGAUUGCUAUUA